AUGGGGCUGAGGGACUGGCUGAGGAGCGUGUGCUGCUGCUGCCCGUGCAAGUGCCUGGAGGAGCCUGCCCUGCCGGAGAAGGAGCCCCUGGUCAGUGAUAGCAGUCCGUAUUCCUCAUUUGGAGCAACUCUGGCAAGGGAUGAUGAAAAGAAUUUAUGGAGUAUGCCGCAUGAUGUGUCCCACACCGAAGCAGAUGACGACAGAAUCCUGUACAAUUUGAUAGUCGUUCGUAAUCAGCAAGCCAAAGACUCUGAGGAGUGGCAGAAACUCAACUAUGAUAUCUAUGCCCUGCGGCAGAUUCGAAGGGAAGUGAGGAACAGAUGGAAACGCAUUUUAGAAGACUUAGGUUUUCAAAAGGAAGCAGACUCUUUGCUGGCAGUGACUAAGCUCAGCACCAUCAGUGAUUCCAAAAACACAAGGAAGGCUCGAGAGAUGUUGUUAAAACUGGCUGAAGAGACCAAUAUUUUUCCAACAAGUUGGGAGCUCUCAGAGAGAUAUCUCUUUGUUGUGGACCGUCUCAUUGCACUUGACGCUGCAGAGGAGUUCUUUAAAAUUGCUAGGCGAACUUACCCCAAGAAACCUGGCAUCCCAUGCCCUGCGGAUGGCCAGAAAGAACUGCACUACCUUCCACUUCCAAGUCCUUAAAGCAGGAGCUCCAAGGCAUGGGAUGGGAAUUCUUCCAUCGGGACUCAGCAGCCAGAAAAAGUGCAUGUCCAAGAGAGUAGCAGAUAGAGGGGCUGCUGAGCGAAGAGUGAUGCUGAAUCCCACCAAAAAUACCAGGUCUUCAUGAGGACCUUCUUCUAUGAAAUAUUCAAGUUGCGUUGAAACCCUCUGGUGGUCUCAUACAUCUAAAAAGCAAGU